UGUAAACAUUUAUCUGACAAAUUUGAGAUAAUAUCAAAAACGAUAAAUAAAUUUAAUCUUGUUUAAAAACUCAUUUAAUUUAAAUACACAAGACAUUAAGCAUGUAUCACAAGUCUUUUUGUUCACAUAAAAGAGCAAUAUUUCUUUACUAUGACAUUUUCAUUAAUUUGUUUGAUUAAAUGUCAUUAGAUGUCUAAUAACUCGUACGCGUAAUAUCGCAACUUUUUUCUGUGGAAUUUUUAUUGAUGUACCAAAUUGAUAUAAAAAAAUCGAGCAUUUAUAACAUUAUGAAAACUUAUUUAGAGUAAUAAAAAAAAAGGAACUUUUGCCGUUAUGCGCAGAAAAAUUACAGUCUUGCUAUAAAUUACAAUAUGGAGGAUCUGAUAGAAGAUCGUGGACCAAUUGAUCUAUUUAUUUGGCGCGAAAAAAGACAACGACUUUUUAUUUAUUGGUGCAUUACCCAUUAUAUUCAUGGAAUGGUUCAUUCGAUACGAUACUCGUCACAAUAUCUUUAUUUUAAGGAUGUAAUGCGUGCUUCUAACCCAGAUUUAUUAUAUGGCAUGUCUGUAUCAUUUAUUGGUAUUACGGGUGUUUUGUUUCCACUUUUAAUCAGCCCAUACUUAGAUCAAACUCGAAACAUUAGACAAGCAAUAUUUGUGGUCAAUAUAUUAGGUUUUGUUGGAAAUCUUCUAUACGCACUUCCGUUUUCUCCUGCGCUUCCGCUUAUUGGCCAGCUUUUGGCGGGAACAACUCCAGCUUUUGGAGUAAUUGCAAUGGGAGAAAUAUCCAGGUGUUAUUCUCCAUCAAAAUUAACUAAAAAAGUAUCAGCGUUAUCUCUUAUAUAUAGUGUAGGCACUUUUACUAGUAUUGGACUUGUAUUUUCUUUUCUUUAUGUAGACUUUAAUUUGGGAGAGUGGCACAUUAAUUUUGCAAAUAUGCCUGGAAUUAUGAUGUGUAUACUAUUUAUUAUAUCUGGGCUGUUAGCACCUCUACUUGUAAGCGAUAUUUCUAAAGAAUUUGAUUACAAACUAGAGCAAAGGAUGAGAAGAUCCUCAUAUGUCUCUCUCAGUAGUUCUACUGUGCAAUCUCCUGAGCGAUCUGGAAAAAAUCUUCCUCAUAUAAUCUCAAUUAAUGAAAAAUUAAACAAAUGUGCUAAAUCAAGUUCUAAAAAAUCAUUUGAAGAACCGUGUGCAAGUUUUGAGAAUGAUGAGACAUUUUAUGUCAUUGAUCAAAAGAAUGCUACGAAGCUUGAUGAUAUAAACGAAAUAAAAGUAAACCAACCUUUUAAUUUUCCAAAGUUUGUGAGCACAAGCCAGGAAAAAAUAGAUACACCAGAAGUUGAUAGUGUUCGAGAUCGUCUAAACAGUACCGUAAAAAAGUCAGCAAAGUCCGUCUGGAAAAUAUUGCGGUACAGACCAACAGUUUUACUAAUGCUGAUUACAUUUAUAGAGGCAUUUGUUUACUGCAUUAUUGUCACUUGCUUACCUGUACUUGCUACUAACUAUUUGAAAUGGGGAAAAGUAGAACUAGCGUUUCUAAGCAUGGUAAAUAAGUUUUUGUCAGUACUAGUAUCCGGUUCUGUGUUUUUUUUAGCAGAUCACUUAAAUGACUUUUUACUUUUGGUGUAUGGAGCUUUUCUUACCAUGUUGGCUUUAUUAAUAUUAUCUGUAUUAGAUUUGGUAAGUACAGAUAGUAAUGUGACAACUGGUUUUUUAUUUUUAAUCACGUGUCUCUCUAUCUCUGGAGUACCACUAAUUAUAACAUCGACUAGAUCAAUGUUUGCAAAACUGGUGCCUACUGAGAUUCAAUCUUUAACUGAGGCUGUGCGACUUUCGGUUUUUGAGGCAGCAUUUGUACCGGCCGGAUUUUUAGUUCCAAUAGUCACCCUAAAUAUUCCUUUAACGUCAAUUUUUUUAAUUGUUGUAACGCUGAUAGUUGUUAUAUACAUUAUAUUAGAACGAAAUGUACUUAUUGACAUAAAAGAACAAGACGAUUACUGGUUAGAAGAAACCGAAAGGACAUACUCCCCUGAGGGAAUGAACAAAUCCCCAUGGCAAAAUUAAACCUCUAAAAUAUUUUCUUUUAAAUAAAAAUCUAAAAUCAAAUAAUGCAAAAGCGAAAAACUAUUGGUUACCAUUUUAAAAUUAAACAAAAUGCAUUUUAUACCGACCAAGUUCCUAAACCUCAUCUCAUUUAUUUUGUACAUUUAGGAGAACAAAACGGUUAAUAGUCUGUUAUUCUGUUUGGUUCAUUGGUUAUUUAGUUACGGUUGAAAUAAUUAUUCAUUGCAAAGAGCAACGCUAGUCACUAUAAAAUGAAAACCAAAAUAUCAUUUAUUUUAACAAAGUUCAUUGGAGAACUUGAAGUUAUCAAAAGACUCACGUAAAUAAUAACCUAGAUGAAUUGUAAAUAAUAAUCAAUGAGUUACAUAAAUUAAAAAUAACAAUUAACAAACUUACAUAAAUUAAUAAACUAGAACACAAAUAAAAAAAUAUAGAUUUAUUUUAAUACGCAGAUUUGAGUAAGCAUUCACAUUACUGCUGUAAUUUGGCAAAAGAAAGUAUGUUUAAAAAAAUUGUGGUUAAAGUAAAAAAAGGUUUCAAAAAGUUAAAAAUAAAUUAAAAUCAUUUCGUUUCUAUUCUAAAUGUUAUAUUCCGCAAAAAAAAUAAAGCGAAGUAUUUUAUUUAAAAAUGUACAUACUUCCUAUAAUGAAACUUAUCAUAACCCAUAUAACCCAUUUCACGGAAAAACUGUAGCAUACUUUCUUUUGCUAAUUAACGGUAGAUUGAACGUUUUUUUGUUGUUGUUGUUUUUUUUUUUGUUUAGUAUUUUGCUUUGCUGAUGAUUUAUGAAAAACAAA